AUGGUAUUGAUCCAGUACUUGCUGCUGUUUCUGUGUAAGAAUUUUAGAUGUAGCCCGCGACCUGCCGCCCCUCACCCGGACCUACGAGUCGGCACGGCUGUCCCGAGCGCCACGUCAGGUUCCUCUAGCUUCGCCGCCAUGAAGAAGGUGGUUCAGCAGUUCCGGCUGGAAGCCGGGCUCAACCGCGUGAAGGUUUCCCAGGCAGCUGCAGACUUGAAACAGUUCUGUCUGCAGAAUGCUCAACAUGACCCUCUGCUGACCGGGGUGUCUUCCAGUACAAAUCCCUUCAGACCCCAGAAAGUCUGCUCCUUUUUGUAGUCAGCAAUCUUGAGGUUUCUUAAACCACUUUUCAUGAACUAGUGGAUAUUCUGAAGUCUGUACAGAAGCUUCUCUAACACGUGCCAUAAUACACAGUCUUUACUUGUCAAUCCUAAAUAUCUACCUCUCUGAAUCUUCAUGGAUUUCUGUUUCACAAGGUUUAACUAUUUUAUAUACACUGGCUGUAGCAUACAAUAAUACAGCAUACAAAAAAAAAGAAUUUUAGAUGUAAUCUGUAGUUGUCAACUAGUCAUCUAACAACAAUAAAUCAUAGACUAGGUUUGUGUGUCUGUG